UGCCCGGCCGUCUAGAGAGAACCAGACGACGCAAAGCCGGAGCAUGGGAAGCCGGGCGCGCGCGUUCUCGAUCUUUCUCCGGCCACCGCGCCGGCGCCUAUAAAACGAGCGCUCUGCAAAUCCCGCGAGGCACAGCACAGCACGCCACUUGUUGAUCCAGCUUGACACUUGUCGUCGAUCAGUCAACGUAGCACAGCAACACUACUCCAGCAGGAAGGCGGGGGCCAGCAAGCAUGUCGUUGGCGCUGUCUCGCAUGCUGCUCGACAGGUUCUUCCCCGACGCCGGCGCCGGCGGCGACGCGGGGCGGCCGCCGAUGGACUGGAAGGAGACCCGGGACGCGCACGUGUUCAGGAUGGACGUCCCGGGCCUGGCCAAGGACCAGGUGGCCGUCGAGCUGGUGGACGGCCGCAUCCUCCGCGUCCGCGGCGGCAAGCGGGGCGACGACGCCAAGGACGGCGCGGCGGCGGGCCACGGGGAAGAGGAGGCGGAGGAGGAGACCGCCGCCGGCGACGGCGCCGUGAGGUGGCACUGCAGGGAGAGGCCCGGCGCGCGCGCGUUCGAGACGCGGUUCCGGCUGCCGGACGACGCGGCCGCGGACGAGGUGCGGGCGGCCAUGGCGGACGGUGUGCUCACGGUGACCGUGCCCAAGCGGAAGGGCGGCGGCAAGAAGCGGCACCACGGCGGCAACAAGCCCGCCUGCUGCAGGUUCUGGCCCUGACGCGACCGCGGAGCCGGACACGAUCUGCACGCGCGCGAGUAUGGUUGAUGUGGAUUUGUGUGCUUGCCUGUACAGUAUGAUUUGCGUGUUUGUACAGUAGUUUUGGACUGGAUCUCUUUCGUUAGAUGUGUGACCGUGGUGCCUGGUGACCUGUAAAUUCUCUAUUGCUUCCUUUGUAGAAAGAUUCGGCGUGAGGCUUUUGAAGUUC